AUGGAUCAAAUGAGGUCUUAUUUCUGUAGUUUCGGCCAACAUUUUCAGAGGAUGGAUACGACUAUGUAUAGCUUGGGUACUAGUGUGGACGCGGCUUUCUUGCUCUUCUCGGCGUACCUGGUUUUCGUGCUGCAAGCAGGGUUUGCCAUGCUGACCGCCGGAUCUGCGAGAGCACAGAACAAGUUGAACGUCAUGCUUACGACUGUCGUGGAUGCAGCUGUGUGCGCGAUCUUCUACUACAUUUUCGGGUUCGCUUGCGCCUAUGGGAGACCGUGGAACGGCUUCGUCGGCAGAGGGGACUUCACCGAAUGGCUCAACUUGGCCAACUCCGCCCAGUUCGACGAGUACUUCAAUCCCAGGCGUGGAGAAAACCAUCCCUGGAAUCCGUUGGCAAACCAUCGCGUGUGGGUGUUCGAGUGGGCAACUGCUGCAGCUGUGGCAGCCAUCGCCAGCGGGGCUAUGGCGGAGAGAAGCCAGGUCACAGCACAUGUAGCUUGCUCGGCUUUCCUGUCCGGAUUCGUUUAUCCGGUGAUCUGCCAUUGGGUGUGGGAACCACACGGGUGGCUUAGUGUUUACAGCCAAGGAACUCGCUUGAUGGGGGUUGGCAUGAUUGAUAUCGCGGGCAGCGGGGCCAUCCACCUGACGGGCGCCAUCGCCGGUUUCUGGGGCGCUAUCAUCUUGGGCCCUCGCCGCGGGCGAUUCCACUCAAACGGCGCUGAUGACGCCGCGCAGCCAAAGGAGAGUAGUAGUCAAGGAGGCAGGAGCACACUUGUCGUUAUGGGCACUUUGCUGCUGUGGCUUGGGUGGUACGGAAUCAACCCGGGUUCGAUUCUCGGCAUUGUUCCCAAACACUACGUUGCGAUGGACGUGGUUGUGGACAGAGCCGCCGUCACCACCACUCUAGCCGGCGCCGCCGCCGCCAUUACCAUGCUCUUCGCACGGAGGUUGAUGAGAGGUCGCUGGGACGUCGAGGACGCGUGCAGUGGGCUUCUGGGCGGAUUGGUGGCUGUAUCCGCCGGGUGCACAGUGAUAGAGCCGUCGGUUGCAGUGCUCCUCGGCUUCCUCGCCGCGUGGAUGUUGAUUGGCACGAAGCAGCUGGCGAUGGCGGUCGGUUUGGACGACCCAGUCGAAGCGGUCCAGCGCCACGGUGCCUGCGGCCUGCUCGGACUCUUGUUCGUUGGACUCCUUGCCAAGGAGGACCAUGUCAUGCAAACCUUUGGAGAUGGCUAUUCAAACCAAGAGACUCCAUGCGGAUGGUUGUACGGAAUUAGAGGCAGAAAACUACUGGCGGCGCAGGCGAUCGGUGCUGCUUGUGUCGUUGGUUGGACCUCCGUGGCUAUGGCGCCGUUGUUCUUGAUGCUCCGAAUGGCCGGCUUGCUGCGGAUCAGCGAAGAAGAGGAGGAUGCGAGACUUGGCUUCAGCGCUGAUGAUAACUAUGAGCACGUUCUCGGCCAAGAGCGCUGACGAAGCUGAGCUCCUAAUAGCCACUGUUGUGGGAACUUGAGGGCCACCCAUAUAUGCCCAGCGUA